GGAUUUAAACGAUUUUUUUUAUUUUCUUUAUUCGUGUAUGUGAUAUAAAAUUCCUAUUAGCUGCUAAAGUCCUGCACGUAAUAGCAGCAGCAGUCUCAGGAGGACCGUAGGCCGCACACACGCCGUAAGACUAGCGCUCAUGACGAGAACAGCGCCAGGAGGCUCCUCCUCCUCGUCCUCUUUCUCCUCUUCACCCUCGGUGUCCCCCAGGAAUCGCCUGAAGUUCCUCUGCAGCUACGGCGGCAAGAUCCUCCCCCAUCCCUCCGAAAACCACCUCAGGUACGUCGGCGGCGACACUCGCGUCCUCGUCGUCACACGCUCCAUCUCCUUCUCGGAGCUCAAGGAAAGGAUCCAGGAGAUGUUCCACUGCUGCGUAGCGAUCAAGUACGAGCUGGUGGCCAAGGACGUGGAAGCCCUCGUCUCCGUCACCUGCGACGAGGACCUUGCCUACAUGCUCGACGAGUACGACCGCCUCGACGCGCGGCAACCCCGCUUCCGCCUCUUCCUGUUCCCCUCGCCUUCCUCCAAUCUCACCGCCGCCACCGCCGACGACCAGCGCCAGGUCGGCGGCGUUCCGGGAAGCCCUCGGCGCCCCAUCUCCGCCGCCUCCUCCUCAGCUACCUCCACCAUCGACGGCCAGGCCUCCAUCCUCGCCCUUCGUCUCAACGCCCUCACCGCCAAUGACGGUGGCGGAGGGACGCAUCGGGUCCAUAGCGCGCCCAACCUGCGAGGCGGCGGAUUGCUGAGCCAGAUCGCCAAUGGUGCCGCUGGCCAGUACCACCACAAUCACCCCGAGCAGCACGUCCUCCGCCGACAGAAGAGCUCUGGGGCAUCAUCGUACGGGUCUCAUGCCGCCGGGGGGAGCCGGGCCCUGAGGGCAUGUGGGGCCAAACUGCGCGAGGUCUGCAGGUGCGGUGGCGGGUGCCGAGUGACGUGGGUGCCGCAGCCGGCGGCGGUGGGCGGUCUCCACUACAGCGACCGGCGAGGCAUGUGCUUUGGGCACGCGGAGGAGUCGUCCUCUCGCCGGUUAUCGAGGUGCAGCUGGCCGCCUCCGAAGCCUGUCAGGUAGCGGUAGGCCUUGGGCUUUGUGAUUCGGGCUCGCGAUCUGUGCCGUCCAGCACUCUGGUUUCUAAAAAACAUGUUCUCUCGAUUUUGGUUUUGUUUUUGUUCUGUGGUGUUAAACGGCCAUAUUAGAAAACGUUGUUGUUCUUUUUCUGUUUA